AUGAAUAACCAAGGAGUAACCUAUGCAGAACUGAAGGUAGCCAAGAACUCAAAGAGGCAGCAAAUAAAACCUAAGGGCACUAAAAGUUCCAUUUCAAUAACUGAGCAGGAAAUAACCUAUGCAGAAUUAAAUCUUCAAAAUGCUUCUCAGAAUCUUCGAGGGAAUGACAAGAACUACCACUGCAAAGAUAUACCAUCACCUCCAGAGAAGCUCAUUGCUGGGGUUCUGGGAAUCAUCUGCCUUGUUUUGAUGUCCAGUGUGGUAACAAUGAUAGUUUUUACUCCCUCUACUGUAAUACGGGAGCAGAAUAACUCCUCUCCGAUAAAAAGGCUCCAGAAAGAAUGUCAUUCUGGUCAAUGUCCAAAAGAGUGGUUUACAUAUUCCAACAAUUGCUAUUAUAUUCAUUUUGAAAAAAAAACAUGGAAUGAGAGUGUGAUGGCCUGUGCUACUGAGAACUCUACUCUGCUGUAUAUAGAUAAUGAAGAAGAAAUGAAAUUCCUGAGGUCCCUAUCAAUUAUAUCAUGGAUUUCAGUCUUUCGUAAAGGUCGUGGUCAUGAAUGGAUGUGGCUAAAUGGUUCAACUUCCAAACUACGUAUAACAGACUCAUCACCUGAUAAACGUAACUGUGCUCUGCUAUAUUCAUAUGGCAUUAAAUCCGACAGCUGUGAGCUCCCACAUACAUAUAAUUGCAAGCAUCAGCUUGAGAAAACGUGAGUUUGGAUGCUGUUGAGUAACUUUACCUUUUAUGAAAUGGAAAUAAUAUUAUGAUUGUAUAAAUUUUAAAAUGAAUUAUAUUGAAAUAUAAUAUGCACACCAAAAAGUAUAGAUAUCAUUACUUUUGUGUCUGGCUUUUUUUACUCUACGUUAUUUUUAUGGCCUUCAACCUUUGUAAAAGAUCGCAUGUUGUAUGAGUCCAUUUAUAUGAAAUAUCCAGAAGAGGGAAACCUAUUCUAGAGGCAGAGAGUGGAUUGAUGGUUACCAAGGGCUGAGCAGAGGUAGGAUUGGAAA